AUGGGAGCGCGCGCCUGGGGAAGGCGGGAGAAUGCGAACCCCUGGCAGCGCCGCCGGCCGCGCCUUAUAAGGGCAGGGCCUCGCGCAUGCGCACUCCGGGCAGGGGCGGGGGCGCCGAGCGGGGGUUUUGCUCCGGCGGCGGCACCGCGGGAAGGGGCGCGCGACCCGCGGGACCCCGCGGAGGGGCGGUCGCACCCGCCCGGCCCGGCCCGGCCCGGCCCGGCCCGGCAAGCGCUCACCGCCCCCCCCCCGGCGCGGCCGCCCGAGGGCAGCGGGGCGGCGGCAGGAGGAGGAAGAGGAGGAGGAGGAGAAGAAGAAGACGGAGAAGGGAGCGGGGCCGCCGCAAGGACCCCGCGCCCGGUACGGGCGGCGCGGCGGCGGCGGCGGAUGUGCUGCUGGCGCGGGGGGAUGAUGCUGGCGGGGCCACAGCUGGUGGCGGGGCCGGCGGCGCCGGGCGGGGAGCGGGCCCGGCUGCUCUCGCUCUACGUGCAGGACUACCUGGAGUGCGUGGAGUCUCUGCCGCUGGACAUCCAGCGCAACGCCUCGCUGCUGCGGGAGAUGGACACGCAGUGCCAAGAAGCGUUAAAAGAAAUAGAUGAUGUCUAUGAAAAAUACAAGUCAGAAAAUGAUCCUGUGCAGAAGAAACGCUUGCAGCAGCAUCUUCAGCGUGCAUUAAUCAACAGUCAAGAACUUGGAGAUGAAAAAAUUCAAAUAGUUACUCAGAUGCUAGAACUGGUAGAGAACAGAGCCCGCCAAAUGGAAACACACUCUCAGUGUUUUCAAGAUCUGUCUGAGAAUGAAAAGCCUCUAGAAAAGGCCAAGAUAGAGUCCUGCCAGCCAGAGAGAUCCUCCCGUAGACCUCGUCGCCAGCGAACCAGCGAAAGCCGCGACCUGUGCCACAUAGCAAAUGGUAUCGAUGACUGCGAUGACCAGCCACCUAAAGAGAAGAGAUCAAAAUCUUCCAAGAAGAAAAAACGAUCCAAAGCCAAACAGGAGAGAGAGGUUUCACCUGUGGAAUUUGCAAUUGAUCCCAAUGAACCAACUUACUGCUUAUGCAACCAAGUGUCUUAUGGUGAAAUGAUAGGAUGUGACAAUGAACAGUGCCCUAUUGAGUGGUUCCAUUUUUCCUGUGUUGGACUCACGUACAAACCAAAGGGCAAAUGGUAUUGCCCCAAGUGCAGAGGAGACAAUGAGAAAACAAUGGACAAAUGUACUGACAAAUCAAAAAAAGAUAGGAGAUCGAGGUAGUGAAAACAAUUUGUUUUAAAGAGUUGCUCCUUUUAUAUUAAAAUAUUUCAUUUCCAGAGAACAUUGUUUUAGGAAAUGCAUAAGACUAUGCAAUAAUUUUUAAUCUAUAAUAUUAAUAUUAAAAACUGUUAUGCCUUCUGUGAUCUUUAACUUUCUGCACUGAAUAACCAAAUAAUUGAAACAGGGUGGCUUCAGACCUUUCACAGAAGACAUUACAAGCAGAUGGCGCUUGGUUUCAACUUACCCCAUUAGUAUUUUAAAGAACCUUGUGAAUCCUGAAAUAAUGGUGGUGGGAAAUUUACUGAAGAACUUCUCUUGUUAUGGUAAAGGGGUUGAAAGGCCUCACAUCUCUGCUAGCAUCUUAACAACUGAGUUUGUUCUUUAUCCCUGGUUUUACAUUUUCAGUUUUUGUGUUAACAUCACGCGUUUGGAGUUAGGGGUUUUGAACUCAGCUGUAACUGUAAAAGUCUUCCGAGCUAUAAGCAGACCUCUCCAGUGACUUUCAUAUGACCAGUAUGUUAUUGCAAGGAAGAAAAUACCACUAACUUUAACUUUUCUUUUUUGCCAACAUUAAACUCUUGUCUUUGUGACUAUA